AUGAGUCUCGAAGUCGGCGGCUUGCCCUCACCAACAGGGCCCUGGAGCCCGACUCAUAACUCUCAGAGUCCCUACUUCGACCCCUCCAAAAAUACUCAGAUAUCACAUAGCAGACAACAGCCAUCGGUGUCGUCUCGAUUUAGAGACCUGGUGAAGUUCCUUUCCUCUGUCUCUGGAGAUCUCUCCAACGUCACCGCCCCGCCCUUUUUCCUAGCGCCAUCUUCCGUGGUGGAAGUCGGCCACUGCUGGAGUCAGCGGCCCGGGGUCUUUGCCGCGCCGGCGCUGGAACCUGACUCGGCGAAGCGGAGCUUGUUGGUUCUGCGCAUGAUCCUGAUCGCCAUGCGCAGCCAAUUUUAUGUUGCCGGCUCACCCAGUGUCAGCAUCAAGAAGCCCUUGAACGCUUUUUUGGGUGAAUUAUUCCUUGCUUCUUGGACUCACGUUCCAAAGGGGAAAAGCAAGAGCAAAGGAAAGGAAAAAGGCAUCAAGCUUGGGAUGGAAAGCGGGGAUGGAAAACCUGCUACGACGCGGCUUGUGGCUGAGCAAGUCAGCCACCACCCACCCAUUACGGCCAUGGCCAUUAUCGACGACGAGCAUGGAAUUCGAGCCGAUGGUUAUGCCCGUGUGGAGAUGACUUUCAGCAGCAGCGUAGACAUCCGGCAGAUUGGUCACGCCAUUGUACACAUCGACGAGUAUGAUGAGGACUAUCUCAUUCCGCUGCCUGACGUCAAAGUUCGAGGUUUCCUAUCUGCUAAGCUAUACCCCGAAGUUCUUGGGACAUACACAAUUGUGUCUAGCUCAGGCUACGUCAGUGAGAUCAACUUCUCUGGUGCUGGCGUAUUUCGGGGUAAGAAGAAUACUUUUGAGGCUAAGAUGUAUCGCAAAGACGACCCGAAGAAGACACCAAUAUAUGAGAUCGCUGGCCAGUGGAGCGAGGGCUGGACGGUCAAGGACAGUAAGACGGGCGAGGUUCUCGAAAAGUACGACGUCGAUGCCGUUGAAAACAGGCCAGCGCCGAUGGACAUGGAACCUCUCGAGAAACAGGACCCGUGGGAAUCAAGGAGGGCAUGGGCAGGCGUCAUCGAUGGAUUGGACAAAGGGGAUUUCCGGGAAAUAGUCACGGAGAAAUCAAAGCUCGAGCAGGCGCAGAGACGCAUGAGGACCGAGGAGAAGAUCAAAGGAGAGACUUGGGAGCCUCUCCUGUUCACCAGCAAGGAAGGGGCUGACCAUAAAAUCUUCCACAGUCUUGCCAAGGGGACAAGCUGGGAAAAACAUCUCUCGGACGAGAAGACAAAAGGCGUGUGGAGGGUCAAAGAUGACAAGGCAAAGAGUGCGCAAAGACCGUUCAGAGGGGAACUCACGCCUUUGGGCUAG